AUGAAAGGAAGCACUGCUGUGGCUCUAUGCCUUGUUUCUUCGCUGUCGGUGGCUGCUGCUGCUUCUGUCAUGGCCCCCACAGUACAAAGUGGAAUGACAGUGUCCGUCUUACGAGUAGCCUCUGCUGCCGGUCAGCCUUCUCAAAUCCUCGUGGGGUCUGACCGGACACAGUACUCUGUCGGUGUGGAUUCCUCGGGGAACUUCAUUAUAGCAAGUAAUACUUCUCCUCUACUCGUGGUCAGCCCAGAUGACGACAUGACGGUGACGGCCAGAAAUUUUUCUGCCUCAUCACUUGACUUGAGAGGCGACUUACAGGUCAACGGGGUCAAGCAGUUUCGCAUUGCCGCCCGCGAAGAUCUCUCAUCGGGGGAGGCCACAGGAUGGGAUAACCCUGCCUCGGAAGAUAUAGUAUCAAAAUGUGCUGGCAUUACUAUGCUGGGCGGCUUCGGAAAAUUUGCCCGGGGUGAAGUUACGAAAAACUUUGGAAAGCUGCCACCUCAUACAGAGCUGCGGGUUAAAGCCACUUUCCACUUCAUUGACGCAUGGGCGGGAGAAACCGCUUUCAUGCGGCUGAGCAUCGGAGAGCAUGGGAAGCUCACCCACGUGUGGGCAGAACGUCACUCACAGGAUAUGGAGCAGGAGGCGGUGAAUGUUUGUGGAGGCGCUGUCGGAGAAGGGAAGUUUGCGGUACCAAUUGAUGUUAGUGUCUCACACAGCAGCGACAACGUCACAGUUGGUUUCGGGACUACGAUGCAAGAAGACGAUCCCUUCGAUCAAUCUUGGGGAGUGAGCUACACUAGUUGUUCCCACCUUGCCACGCCGACAGGAUGCACAAUUCUCAGGUCUCCGGGAUUGAGAUAUAUGUUCGAUAGAUGA